AUGAUUUGGGAAGGCUCAAAGAGGAAUCAACUGAUUCUUGGAACCCCAUUCCUUGCUACAGCUGGAGCGGUCCUAAACUACUUUGGGAAUCAUCUAUCUUUUGGCCACAUCCGGCAAGAUAUCUUUUUCCCAAGUGUAAAUUUCAGGUCAGUGCCAAGUGCGACCAAGCUACCACCAGAAGAAGCCACUCUCACGCCUAAGAAAGAAGCCGUGAUGCAUGGAGAAAGAAGAGAGAAUAUCAACUCCAUCUUACUUCCAACCUUUGAUGAAUAUGGAGCUGAAGAGGAGACUAAUGGUGCACCUAAUCUCUUUCACAAGAUAAGAAUCUUUACACCAAAAGAUUCGGAGCUUAAAGGUGACCAAUCCAUUGAAGAGAAGCUUGAGAGAACUAUGAAGCUUUUCCCCAAGGCAUUGGUUUUCAAAGAUGAUGUGAGAGAUGACUAUGGCGCGACAACACCACCACAAGAAUCCACUACACCGGAGAAUGGAGAAGCUAAAGGGAUCCUUUGCCCUUCAGCCACUCUUCACCACGAUUGA